UUAUAAGGUAAAGGUUAACUUGUUAUAAGAUUAAAUAGAGCUAUCUUUUCAUUAUAAAUCUUCCUACAUCGGAGAAAGAUUUCAUACUGUACACCAGGCUGGAAGCUGAUAAAACCAUCUUCAUUCUUCUAUCAGCUGUCUUCAAAAACAUUAUAUACUUUGAGAGAUAAAAUCUGACUUUCACAUCUUGAUAUCACUAACAAGAUGAAGCUGUCACUUGUCUUGUGUUUGAUAGCGCUCCUAGUGGCCUCCACUAAAGGGCAAAGUCGUCAGAGACAGUACCAACCAUACCGGCAACAAUACAAUCAGCAAUACCCAAGACAACAGCAAUAUCCACCAAACUCCAACCCAGGAUACAAUCAACCAUGGUAUCAAAACCAACAGGGUACAUGGGGGAUGGAUCCAGAAGAACAACGUGAACAGCGAGAGAAUAUGAUGGAAAACCAACGAGAACAGCAAGAGAAUAUGAUGGAAAACCAACGAGAGAUGCAGGAAAACAUGAGGGAACAACAAGAGAAUGCCUAUGAGAACGGACAGCGGUGGCAGCAACAACCAAGGCAACAGCAACCAUGGCAGCAGCAACCACGGCAACAACAACCGUGGCAACAGCAACCGUGGCAGCAGCGACCAAGGCAACAACAGCCAUGGCAGCGACAGAAUGGGCAGCCAUAUUACAACCAACAGCAACAAGGUUGGCAGCCUUAUUACAACCAGCAGCCACAGCGACAACCCUACAGAGCCCAGCCCCAGCGACAGACACCUUCAUGGUGGAAUCAGAACAUUUGGCCUCAGCAGCAGCAGGGCUUCUACCCACAACGUCAAUCUGGAUUGGGUGCUGCCGACCCCGAGGCACAAGAGAAUAUGAUGGAGCAACGGGAAGAGAUGCAGGAAAACGCCAUGGAAGACCAGCAAGAUCAACAGGAAAACGCCAUGGAACUGGAACAAGAUAGGCAGGAGGAAGCUCGUGAGCUUCAGGAGAAUGCACGUGAAAAUGGAGCUCCGCUGAACUGGAACCGUAAUCCCCGCGGGCGGCGACCCACUCCCCAACGUCGGCGACCAGCACAGCGAUUCGACCCAUAGGUCCACUACAGGAGGGAAAUUGAAUUCUGAAAUAAUGUAAUAUAUCCUAUUUUAGGUUUUCUUUGAUUUUGUUUUCUUCAUGUAAACAUUCAUGAAAUAAUUGUAACCAAGACAAAAAUUACCAACAUUUCUAAAGAUCAAAGUUAAAAUUAUCAUAGUGCAAGUAAAUCGACAUACCAUGACACAUUUAGACUAUUACACAAUAGCAUGAUUAACAUAAAAUCAACAUCUAGUGAAAUAUUGUUAAAGAUCAACUUGGUAGCUUAUAGUAAAUAUUAGUAAAUAUUGUUCUUAGUUGUUCAUUUUCCUAAACCAUGUGGAAAGUAUAAAGAGCAAAGGAUUUGCAAACAUCUUCCUAUUAGCACACUAAAAGUAAUUAUUUUCUUUGAGACUUACUGAUAUUUCCAAAAUGUUGAAUGCAACAUUAUUUUAACCGGCAUUCUGUACAUCAUCAAGAUCAUGAGCAUAAUUUUUGUUGUGGUAAAACGAACACCAAUAUGAAAAAAAAUAUAACUGUUGGUGUUGAACAAUCCUGAAAAGAUUUAUAUCUGUUGGAGGCCAAACAACAGUAAAAUAUGUUUUGCAAUAAACAUCACUCGAGAACGAGACAAUACUUGGA